GCUGUGCCAAGGCUACUGGGCUUUGGGGUGCUUGUCCUACUCAGGUACAUACUCAUAAGGCAGCCGGCUGAGUGGUGCUACCUGUCGCCAGCAGGGGAUGGCCCUGUGGCGUUUAUGUGGACAAUCGGUCCUGCGUGUCCGAUAGAUCCCUGCUCGAUUCGUCCAAGGUCAUAUCCCCUUAUCCCUUAUUCCGUCUAUUCUUGGAGAUUGCAGGCGUGCACGAAUCCCACUUUGCUUCAUCACAAUAGUUACCACGUAGCUACCUACCUACCUAACUACCUGUGCCUUAUACCUAGCUCGGGCGUCCUCCGACUCGCCUAUCUACCUGCAUCCAACCCUCGACAGACUCGAAUUGCCGUCCCCUCCGUCGAAGUUGUCCGUGCUUGACGGUCAGCGACAAAUUGUUUAUCAAGGCACCCGUGGGAGUUCCCGCUGCUGAUUCGGCGCAACAGCGGCCCGUCAUGGCCUCGAAAGCUAUGUGGGAGGUCGACCCCGAGACAAGAUCAAAGCUCCUGGUGAUCCAAAAGACGAACAACAACAAUGUCUGCUGCGAUUGCAACGCCCCGAACCCACAAUGGGCCUCUCCUAAGUUCGGCGUCUUCAUCUGCCUCUCUUGCGCUGGCGUUCACCGGGGCCUCGGCGUCCACAUCUCCUUCGUCCGCUCGGUCACCAUGGACGCCUUCAAGCAAGCUGAGAUUGAGCGCAUGCGCCUCGGUGGCAACCAGGAGUGGAGGUCAUUCUUCGAGCAGCACCACGACACAAAGAUGCGCGGUCUGGAUUGGGACGAUGCCACCAUUGCGGAACGGUAUAGCGGUGAAGUGGGCGAGGAGUGGAAGGAGAGGCUAAGCGCUAAGGUCGAGGGCAAGGACUACGUUCCCGGCGAGCGGAAAAGCACACCAAAACCCGCCUCCGGCGCGUCGGGGCCGCCCAUAAGGCAGAUCAGCAGAACCGGGACGCCGCUCCAGGGCGUGGCAACGAGCGGGAGUCGAACGGCGAGUCCCAGCCGGCCGGGCGUCAAGGCUAAAGUUGACGACGAGUACUUCUCGCGGUUGGGAAAGGAGAACGCGACCCGGCCGGAGGACCUGCCGCCCAGCCAAGGUGGAAAAUACGGCGGGUUUGGAAACACGCCUACGCCUGCGCAGGACAAUGGCGGUGGGCUACCCGACUUCGCAGACGUGCAAAAAGAUCCGGUGGCUGCGCUCACGAGAGGCUUCGGCUGGUUCACAACCACGGUAAGCAAGACGGCCAAAGGAAUCAACGACGAUUUCAUACAACCGACAGCCAAACAGCUAUCCGAGUCGGACUUUGCAGCACAGGCGAGGGCAGCGGCAGGGAACGUGGGCAAGGUGGCCCAAGCUGGCGCAGUGUCGGCGCAGGAGCGCUUCAGCCGCUUCGUUGAGGGGACGGACGAGCGCAGGCAAGCGCCGGUGGACGAGAGCAAGAAGGCAUUCUGGGACGACUUUUCCGCUGUCGCCGACCAGCGGCACGGGACCGGGCCGAAGUAUAGUGCUAUCGGAACUUCGGCCAUGGGCAAAGGCGGGGGUAAAAACACGUCGGCAUCGGGAAAGAAGGAUGAUGAGUGGGAUGAUUGGUGAUUUCGAAGAAGAGGAGAAGACGGCCCGGCCAUUGACGGUUGGGAAACACCCCGUACCGGGGGGAGCGGGUGCCGGAAAAUGGGGGCAGCUGUUAUGACGGAGGGAUCCAAUCUGGACGGGUAAUUUACAACGCACCCAUACCCCUGAAUGUCGGGAUACGAUGCUAUGCUGUACGAAUAGACGGGAUUUCCGGAUAGCAUGUGUCUAUGGAUCGAUCAUACCUGUAGGUUGGCCGAUUACUGGCGAGAGAGACGGAGAAUGUGCCCCUAUUCUUUUUCUUUGCUGUAUAGUACCUUAGGUACCUACCUAGGUAUUUAAUCGACAGAUUACCUAUA